AUGUCCAGUAAAGGUGGAAGGUCGGACCCUGUUUGGGGUCACAGUGAAGAAGUAAUUGUAGAGGCAGAGGGUCAAAAAAAGGCAUACAAAUAUCUAAAAUGUAAGUAUUGUAGCAAAAUCAUUAAGGGAGGGGUUCAGAGAGUGAAACAACAUCUUGCUUGUACACACCAAGAUGUAGAGCCUUGUCCUAAUGUUCCAGAAAUAGUGAAAGAGGAAAUGCUUCAGAUUUUGAAAGCAUUUCAGGCUACUAAAUUAGCUUCUCGAACAACCUUUGAAGAAAAUGUAGCAAGUGGGGCAUACUACAACAGAGGUGGAAGUGUUGAUCCAUCAUUUACAACUGGUAGCUCUAGGGGUGUUAGAGGACCAAUAGAUAGAUGGAUGGUUGGUGGACAGGAGGAUGAAAUAGAUGGUCCAGGACCUAUAAAAAUUACCCCAUCCAAUACUAAAGAGCAUCGAAACCAAGUUUGUUUGGAUAUUGGGAGGUUCUUUUAUGAGAAUGGAAUCCCGUUCAAUGUAUCCAAUAGUCCAUCGUUUACUAAUAUGGUACAUUCUAUUGGAAACUAUGGACGUGGAUUGAAACCCCCUUCAAUGCAUGAGUUAAGAACUUGGAUCCUUCAAGAAGAAGUCAAAACAACAACAACAAUGGUGGAUGACAUUAAAGCAACUUGGAAGACAACAGGGGUGUCCUUGUUAUCAGAUGGUUUGGUCAGACAUGAGAAACCGAAGUUUGAUCAACUUUUUGGUCAACAAUCAAUAUGGAACUUUGUUGAAGAGAUCGGGGAAGAUAUUGUUGUUCAAGUGGUGACCGACAAUGCUAGUGCAUACAAAGCUGCUGGAGCAUUGUUAAUGGAGAAGAGAAAAAAAAAACUUGUAUUGGACCCCGUGUGCAGCUCACUGCAUCGAUUUGAUGCUUGA